AUGAUCAUCAUCAAAAAUCACCACAGUGACACCGUUGGCGCGUGGCCACUGGCUCGUGACGCGGAACCACCUGGGAAGCCUGGUCAGGAAGAAGACGAGCGAGCUAGGCGGAACGACAUGCAAGCUACGUCUCCCGAAUCGUCGUCCGCGUGGCAGUCGGAGCUGAGCAGCAGCUCCGACUGCGGCUGCCAGUUCGAACUCUCGGAGGAAGCGGCGCAAGAAGCCGCCGUGGACGGCAGUGGAGGUGCCAGGCGCGUGGUCCACGGUCAGCAGCAGCAGGUGUACAGCCGGCCAGCCCCGUCCAGUUGGUGUGGCGAGAGCGGCUCGGUUAAUGAGGCAGGCGACGUCUCCGAGGCACCUCGGCAAGACCCAACUCGAGCUCAGCGCUUCGUGUCGGUCUACGUUGCGCCCCUGUGGGGUCGCAGGAUGGCCACGCUCAGGAGGAAGUGCUCGCCGCUGUGGCUGUACACGGGUGCCACGUGCGCCGCCAUUGUGGUGGCCGCAUCGUUCCUGCUCGCACCUUCCGCCGCCGACCACGCUGUGCCACCGCCGUCGGUUGGACCGCUGCUCCGGCUGGACAGCGGCGUCCGCUCGAGGCUCGAGGACGACGAGCACGCUGCGCAGGGGCGCGGCGCUCACCUAGGAGGGGCGGCCGCCAAUGCCGGCGACAGCGAAAUGCUUGAGCCGCCGCUGGACGGCGGGGCAGACCCCUACUGCCAGGCGCAGCUCGUGCAGGAGCGCGAGGAGUCGUGGAACGCGAGCGAACUGGAGUUCCUUGCUCCGCGCCUGGUGCGCAACGGCUCACGCGCCGUGCUCUGCUUCUACGACCGGCACGCCCAUCGGCUACCGCCGCCUUACGCCUACUUCCCGCGACAAAUGGCGCUACGAUACUGCACGCACGCCGUGUACCACGCGCCCUUCGCGCUGCACGACGGGCGGUUAGCGUACCGGAACCCGGGAUUCGACAGGUUCCUGUAG